GUGGCGGUUGUAAACUUCACCUGGGGCGGGGGGAGUGUUUCUCCUCCCGCCCCCCCCUCCUCGCUUGUCCCCCCCUCUCCCCGGGUCCUAGAGGCCCUCCGGUCCCCAGCAGUUUUCAUUUGUACCUCCAAAGGCUGCCGUGGCGUCCUACCCGGAGACUUGGAGCGGCCUCUGGGGUCUUAGGAGUGCGGUCUGGACCACGAGAGCCCCCAGAGACUUUAGUCCACCUAACCUGUAACACAGACAUCUUGAACAAUUUCAAUCAUCAAUAAGGAACUAUAUCAUUAAGAAACAGUGGAGUAUUUCUAAGGAAUUGGAAGACUUACCAUGAGUGUAAACACUUCAGAUAGUACCACUGGUGAUACUCAAAGGUUGAAGAAUGCUUCAUUGGAAGUAAAACAAAUGCUUAAGAGUGAAACAGAGUCAGAUAUUACUACUGAUCUCAGAAAGAAACUCCAUCGGGCUAAAAAAGAAAAAUUAGAAAUGACAACUAAGCACAACGCAGAGUUGUCAGGUUAUGAGAGCCAGAUUGCCAAGCUGCGGUCUGAGAUUGAAAAAGGAGAAGCAUUACGACAAAGUCUGGAAUAUGAUCUGGCUGUUGCUAGAAAGGAAGCUGGUCUUGGAAGACGAGCUGCUGAAGAACGAUUAGCUGAAGCCCAUAGGAUCCAAGAAAAACUUCGUGCUCAAAAUUCAGAACUUCAAGGAAAAGCAAAUGAGAUUGAGCAAGCAUUUCAUACUUCACAGCAGAAAUGGAAAGAAGAAUGUAGAAAAUUUGAACAAGAUUUGGAGGAAAGAGACAGUAUAAUUCAAAAUUGCAAUCGAGAAUAUGAUGCACUUAUGAAGGAGAAAAGCAAAUUAGAAAAAACUCUUCAGGAAGCAUUGGAAACACACCAGCAAGAGAAGAAUGAUAUGGAGUCUCAUAUCAGGGAGACUGCAUUGGAGGAAUUUAGAUUACAAGCAGAACAAUGGGAAGCAGAAAGAAGAGAGUUACAAUUUAUAGUACAGGAACAAGACUGUGCUGUACAAACUAUGCAGAAGAAAGUAGAACAGUUAGAAGCAGAACAUUCAGAUUGCUCUGAUCUUUUACAGCGACAAACAAGUGAACUUGAGUUUAGCACUCAGCGGGAAGAACGACUUAGAAAAGAAUUUGAGACAACAACUCUAAGAGUGAGGAAAUUAGAAGAAAACAUUGAAGCAGAAAGAGCAGCACAUUUGGAAUCAAAAUUUAAUUCUGAAAUAAUUCAGUUACGAAUUAGAGACCUUGAAGGAGCACUACAAGUAGAAAAGGCCAGCCAAGCAGAAGCUGUUGCUGAUUUGGAAAUGAUCAAGAAUGAAUUCAAAGAAGUUGAAGGUGCUUAUGAGCGAGAAAAGCAUAAUGCACAAGAGAGUUUUGCAAAAUUAGCUUUAUUAGAAAGAGAGUAUUUCUCCCAAAACAAGAAACUAAAUGAAGAGAUUGAGGAACAGAAGAAAGUAAUUAUGGACCUUUCAAAGAGACUUCAGUAUAAUGAAAAAAGUUGCAGUGAAUUACAGGAAGAACUUGUAAUGGCCAAGAAGCACCAAGCCUUCCUAGUAGAGACAUGUGAAAAUAAUGUGAAAGAACUGGAAUCGAUCUUGGACAGUUUUACUGCUUCGGGCCAGUGGACAUCAGGCAUUCACAAGGACAAAGAUAAACCUCCCAGCUUCUCAGUUGUCCUUGAGACUUUGAGGCGUACCUUGACAGAUUACCAGAACAAGCUGGAAGAUGCAUCUAAUGAGAUUAACCAUAUAAAUGCUGCUAAGGAAAAGAUAUCUAAUGAACUUGAUUCUACCAAAAAGAAGAUAGAGGCUCAUACUAAAAAUAUAAAGGAACUUCAAGAUAAACUUACGGAUGUCCAUAAAGAGCUAAGUCAUUUGCGCACUAAAUGUGCAGACCGAGACGCUUUAGUAACCACUUUAAAACUAGAGCUACAAAAUGUGCUGCACUGUUGGGAGAAUGAAAAGUCGCGAGCAGCCCAGUGUGAAAGUGAACUACAGAAACUGUCCCAGGCUUUCCACCAGGACACUGAGGAGAAGUUAACCUUCCUUCAUACCUUGUAUCAGCACUUGGUAGCAGGCUGUGUGCUCAUAAAACAACCAGAAGGCAUACUGGAUAAAUUCUCUUGGUCUGAGCUUUGUGCAGUCUUGCAGGAGAAUGUUGAUGCUCUCAUUGCAGACCUCAACAGGGCUAAUGAGAAGAUAAGCCAUCUAGAAUAUAUCUGCAAAAAUAAGUCUGACACAAUGAGAGAGCUUCAACAAACCCAGGAAGAUACCUUUAACAAAGUGGCUGAACAGAUCAAAGCCCAAGAGAGCUGCUGGCAUAAACAAAAGAAGGAACUGGAACUGCAGUAUUCUGAACUUCUCUUGGAGGUUCAGAAGAGGGCACAGAAAUUUCAAGAAAUUGCAGAAAAGAAUAUGGAAAAAUUGAAUCGUAUUGAGAAGUCACACGAACAGUUGGUGCUUGAAAAUUCGCACUUCAAAAAUACAUUAUCAAAGACUAAAAGAGAACAAACAUCUUUGCUGGCAGCUUGUGCAUUGAUGGCUGGGGCAUUAUAUCCUCUCUAUAGUAGAUCGUGUGCUUUAUCUACACAGAGAGAUUUUCUCCAGGAGCAGGUCAACACCUUUGAAUUGUUCAAGUUGGAAAUUAGAACUCUAGCCCAAGCAUUGUCAACAGUAGAGGAAAAGAAACAAGAUGAAGCCAAAAUAAAGAAAAAGCCAUUCAAAGGCCUGAUACGCGUAUUUCGGAAAGGUGUUAUUGCAAUUUUGGCAGCAAACAGACUCAAGAUUUUGGGCCAGUCAUGUGCCUCCCUUUUUACCUGGAUGGAAAAUUUCAAAGAAGGCAUAGGCAUGUUGGUGUGUUUAGGAGAACCUAAAGACAAGCAUAAAUUUCCAAAACAUCAAAGGGAGCAGUUGCGUUGCUUACAAGCACUCAGUUGGCUCACCAGUUCUGACCUUCUUACUGCAGUAAUCAGUUCUAUGGCUGAGUUGCAAGAAGUCAUUAGUAAAACAGAUCCAAAUUCCAGAGUUUGUGGACAUAUACUUAUAGGUGCAGCCAAGAAUUCUUUUGCAAAACUCAUGGAUAAAAUCAGUCUAGCAAUGGAAAGUAUUCCACUGUGCAGUAACAGGAGCAUUACAUAUGUAGAAAAAGAUUCCCUUGUUCAAAGGCUGGCCCGUGGACUUCACAAAGUAAACACCCUGGCCCUGAAGUAUGGUUUGCGUGGCCAUGUGCCCAUUAUGAAAAGCACAGCAUCAUUACAAAAGCAAAUAUUUGGAUUUACACAAAGACUGCAUGCAGCAGAAGUGGAGCGCCGCUCACUGCGCCUGGAGGUUACAGAAUUCAAACGAAAUGUAAAUGAAAUGAAAAAGGAGCUGGACAAAGCUCAGGGUCUCCAAAUACAGUUAAAUGAAUUUAAGCACUCUAAAUUGAUCACCCAUGAAAAGUUUGAAAGUGCAUGUGAAGAACUCAAUAAUGCAUUGCUUCGGGAACAGCAGGCACAAAUGCUGUUGAAUGAACAGGCACAGCAACUACAGGAGUUGAAUUAUAGACUUGAGUUGCAUUCCAGUGAGGAAGCUGACAAAAACCAAACUCUUGGAGAAGCUGUUAAGAGUCUCUCCGAGGCAAAGAUGGAGCUGAGAAGAAAAGAUCAAUCUCUGCGUCAGCUCAAUAGACAUCUUACCCAGCUGGAGCAGGACAAGCGUCGACUGGAGGAGAACAUCCAUGAUGCAGAGAGUGCCCUCCGCAUGGCAGCCAAAGACAAGGAAUGUGUUGCUAAUCACAUGAGAACAAUAGAAAAUAUGCUUCAUAAGGUCAGAGAUCAGAUCUCACUGUCACGGACUGCAGCAAGUAGGAAUGACUUCACCCUGCAGCUACCCAAACUGCACCUGGAGACCUUUGCGAUGGACGGGCUCAAGGGCGGGCCAGAGGUUGUAGCAUGCCAGGCUAUGAUUAAAAGUUUCAUGGAUGUCUACCAGCUUGCAAGCACUAGAAUUGCUACCUUAGAGAUGGAAAUGACAUCUCAUCGAACUCACAUUGCAACCUUGAAAUCAGAGCUUCACACAGCUUGUUUACGUGAAAAUGAAAGUUUACAAUCACCAGGAUCAAGAGACCAUUCAAAUCUCUCCAUUCCUUCAAGAGCUACUCUUCCUGCUGACAGAAUUGCUGUUGGGGAAUUUUUGCCAUUGCAAGCUGAACUUGAUACAACUUACACUUUCUUUAAGGAGACAUUUAUAAAUACUGCACCCCAUUCUCUAUCAGCAUCUAACUCCUCUCCAGUGAUGUCUGCUAAUGUCAAAAGACCAAGUUAGAGUGGAUUAUGACUUUAUGAAAUAAAACAAUGGAGGAAGAGCUAACAAUACAAUUGAAAUUGUUUUUAGGGGGGAUUUUCUUAUUACUUGAAUUUUGUUUCAGUACAAGGGAUGGGUUUUAAAAAUCGUGCAGUAACUUGAUGUGUGCAGG